UCUAGGCCAGGCUACCGAGGAGGGCUGGCACCGAUUAUGUAUAAAAGAAUAAGGAUUAGCACCUUCGUAUGCUCUCCACGAUUUCUAUCCAGAGUGCCCACAAAUAACAUCUCCAGUUUUUCAAAAUGCCCACUCCGACCUAUUUUUCCAAAUACCCUCCUUUUUCCCCAGACGUUCCUGUGGCUAAGCUCCCUGUUAUCUCUUUGUCAAAGCUCUUAUCCGAAGACAAAGAUGAAUCCAUCUCCGUUUUUGAAGCCGGUCGUGCUAUGGGCUUUUUUGUGCUUGAUUUGUCCGGUUGCCCAGCUGGGGAAGAAUUUUUGAAAAAUGCGGAGAUUAUGUUCGAUUUGAACGAGGAAGUGAAUGCACUUCCUCAAGAGGAGCUUAUGAAAUAUGCUUACAAUCCACCUACUUCUCUGUUCGGGUACUAUCAUCCUUCUUAAUAAGCCUAUUUUGAUUCUCCCUUUCCAUCAAAUUUACUCGAACUGACUCCUUGUGACGAAUACAGAUACAAGCAGCUAGGUAACCUUAAGAUUGAGUCAGGACUCCCGGAUCGAGUUGAGUUCUACAAUGUUGGUAGAGACGAUAUGACAGGUGUCUCCGCACCACGAUCCAACCCGCCCUGCAUCGAAAACGCUCGCCCACGGAUAAAGAGCUACAUGGAACAGGCUGAUGGGAUUGCGGGUAUCAUCUGUGGACAUUUGGAAAAACAGCUACGAUUGGGGAAAGGAGCAUUGACAAAGCUCCAGCCGGUGACAGACCCGAGUGGAACGGCUUUAAGGAUGCUGAGAUAUAAACCACAGGUGAGUUAAAUCUCCAUUAAUUCCUGAGCGUUGCAAACAUCAUUCAUUGUCACCUUGAAUUUGUGUCUUGUCGCUCACCAAUGACCUUGUGAUUUUAAUCUCUCGAUUAAAAGCUAAACACUCAUUAGCCGAUUAAUGAUCGCCGCACUUCUCUCCUUGGUCAUACAGACAUUGGCUCUCUUACCCUGCUCUUCAACAUCACCGGAGGCCUACAACUUCUCGCGCCAGAUGCAGGUGCGUAUAUCUAGCCAAUACCUAUAUUUUGGGAAGACUGGAAUAGCUGAUUAUUUCUAUUUCAGACCCAUCUAUUGAAUCUUCCUGGAGCUACAUAAAGCCCCAGCCCAACACCUGCAUUGUCAAUCUUGGCGAUGCCAUGGUAGAAUGGUCUGCCGGAAUUUUUCGUUCCAACAUGCACAGAGUCACUUACGCUCCCGGCGAUCAAAGUGCUACGACUCGUUACAGUUUGGCUUAUCUUGUUCGCCCCUCUGGGGAUGCUCCGAUGAAGCGACUUGCUGCCCCGGACUAUCCUUCCUCGCUAGUCCCGAAGAUUAUCCAGGGGAAAGAAACUGAUAAUGAAAUGAAUGCCAGAGAAUGGGAGAUUCAUAAAGCACUCGCUAUCGGAGCUGGUAAGGAUAAUGCGAGAAGUAGAGGCGGUAAACCACUUAGAGUCGAGCGAAAAGAUUUGCUUCCUGCAAUGACUGCGGUUGCUAAUGCUUGAGGAAAGGAUACAUCCCCACUGGAUAGUUGUAUUUGGGGACCACAAUGAUGUUUCAGUUAUUUUAUGUAGUUAUUCCUUUGCAUAGACAUGACUGGUUCACGAAUAACGAUUUUGUCUGUCAAUAGUACACAUUAUAAAUCCAAAAAGCUA